AUGUCUACAACUAAAAAAUGCCGCAGAGACAGAAUCAACGCUCAACUCUCAGCAAACUCAUCCCUAAAUCGCUCAACUCUCCGCAAACUCAUCCCUAAAUCUGAAAAGAUGGACAAGGCGGCGCCAUUGGGGCACGUGGUGGAUCACGUGAAGGAGCAGCGGCAGAGGGCGAAGGAGGCGAGCAAAAUCAGCAGCGGCAUGCCGAGCGAGAUCGACGAGGUAAUCGUCGAUCAGAUUGAAGACGGAUCGGAGCAGAUCAAGUCAUCGAUCUGUUGCGACGAUCGGCCGGAGCUCUUCGCGGAGAUCGGGAGCGCUCUGAAAGCGCUGGAAGCCACCAUUGUUGAAGCCAACAUCUCGAAGCACACACACCAGCACCCUCACAAUCCCUAA